GAACGAUAGCAAAAAUUUGUUACGUAAAAAUAUUUCAUACUGCACAUUUAGGGGGGCCACAAGGGGGUCCAAAAUUGUUGUCACAGGGGCACUGCCCCCCCUCAGAACCGCUAGUGCUUUUCACUCAGUGAAUGGUCCAUAACGGAAGCGGGCCAGAAUCGAAUAACCACUUUCUCUGUAAACAAUUCUCAUCCAAUUACGUCCCCAAGCAUUUCAUCUCAAGUUACUGCGCUCGCUCUGCGCACUGGGUGACGGCGACCACCUUGUGCCGCAUUACUUGUUUUUGCAAAAUAUCAAGCGCUCAAGCCACAAUCUAUUUUUAGAAGCCGAACGAGCCGGUGAUUUGUAUUGUCGGUGUUAUGCUUUCAGAUUGUUGCCAUGAGUCGAUCAUUUCUGGUGCGUAAACACAUUUGGAGACGGGCCGGGCUCAGUGUGUGUAUCCAAGCAACAAGCUUCAGCAAACUCAAAGGGAUAAAGGUUACAUUUACAGUAGAUGAACGGGGAAGUGGAUUGUCGAACAUUAUUCAGGCACCCGGUGCAAGCUUAGGGAUUCUACUGAGAUUCAUAUGUUUGUCUUUAACACCAGAUGUAGAUAAUGUGGGGAGUUAAUCAACACUUUUAUGGAGUGUAUAACUGAGUGGAAUUAUUUGCAAAUGAUGACGACAGAUUUUAGACCCGGACCUCUGUAUUUCUUUGAUCAGCCAACAGGACGGGGACGUAGGAGGCGCCCCAGAAUGCCCUUGGAGCAUUGCUUUGAUCUGGCAAAUGGGGGCGUGCGUUUGGCAACAAUCAAAAGCCUAUGCGCUCACAGUGAGUGUGUUAACGAUGACAAAUAUGAAGCAAAUGAAGACAAUGCACACAAAGUGCAAAGUAAGCCCUCUACCACUGUUAAACCAGAUACCUGGCCCUCUGUCAACGGAGCGUUGGACAUGGGUGGUGAUGAGAGGAAUCCGGAGGCCGCGGCGGUGCCAGCAGACUGGUUGGAUGACAUGGACCCGAUGGAUGCAUACAAGCAUAUGGCCCCUCAGUUGUUGAGCGAGUUGGGGAGUGUGCUUUUGCAGUAUGAAGGGAGUGAGGAGGGAUGUAUUCCACACGGCCUCGUGAACGUUCUGAAUUACUCAUGGAAGGAUUUGACCGCUGGGGCAGUUUAUGUCAAACCAUCUUGGCAGUUGGGUGUCGGCAGCGGCAAUGGUGAUGGCAGGAAACCUCGCAAGUCGAAGGGCUCCAUGAAUUUCGAUGAGACUCUUCGGCAGAUGGCGGGAAAGAGAAAGACAAAACAGAAACCGUCCAAGAUGGAAAAUGGGUCUGAGAGACAGCCUCAAGACCCCAAUUUGCGCAAAAGAUCAUCCGUUUCCCAUGCACAGAAAGCUCAUGUGGCCACAACUAUAAGUUUCUCCAUCUCUUCAAAAACCUAUGAAGAGCAAGGUUGGAUCGUCCAGCCAAAGGAGCCAGCCCAUGAGGAACCUCAGUGGACUGAGCUGUGUCAUUGGGUGGUAGAGAGGCUGCAACUGGCUAGGAUACCCAUAAAACAGACAACGGAACAGGCAGAGCGUGGGCUGAACAAACCACCCAUCCUCCGUCACUAUGGGGAUGCCAAGCCACACGUUAAACACCAGAAGACAGGAGGAGGAAGCGGAGGAGGAGGCAAGACCUGGCCUUACCCUCAGAUACCAGAGGUGAACCAGGAGGACCAGGAUUCACCGCGGCAGAAACUACACUACAGGAUCAAUGAUGGUUCCUCUUUCCUAUACUACCCGUCUGGUUGUGUAGCGGUGUGUCAGAGCCACUCUGGUCUGUCCUGUGGAGGGUUCUAUACUAACGUGUUCAGUGACCAACUCAGCCCUGUUACACUGGCCAGCAUCACCGCAGUAGGACGGGGCACCGUCACACACCCACUCAGUGGGACUGUUACUGCUGUGUGGGAUCAGCGUGGUGGGAUGACCUGUGACCCAGAAGGAGCUGUCACUAAGGAAUGGAUCUGGCAGACUGGGGUUAAGGAGAGGAUAGUCAUUCAGGUGUCUGAUCAGAUCUCAGUACGGAUGUUGAGCGGUAUCUGUACCACCCUCAGCUUUAAGAGUCAGAAUGAGAGUGUCCUGCUCCCACUGUCCCCCCUGCCCAACAUCACCCCAACUAAAGAAGUGGCCUGUCUGCAGACUGAGGGGGCCUUCACCUCUCUGGCAGCCCAGGAGCUCUCCCUGAGUAAGACGCACCAGAAGAACCAGGACCAGCCCACAGACAGCAAGAGGGUUUCAGUGCGUUCCAGUGAGGUGCUACAGAUGACCCGGGAGGUGGAGAAGCUAGAAGAACCCUGUCCCUUCAGGAGAGGAGGAGGGCGGGCAGGACGAGAGCUGAAAAGACUCCAGAGGAGAAUAUGUAAUAUACUGGACGACUGGCUGGAGUUCUACCGGGUCGCCACGGGUAUCAAGUGCCCAGAUACAGAGCGGAUGUCUGAUGGUCCAAUGCGGCCCAGACUGAAGAGAGAGGGCCAAUCAGCAGCCCUGCCCUCCCUCCACCCCACCACGGGGCUGUCAGACGGUACCCGGGGUGUACCAGAGGGGGGAAGCACUGCCAGCACCAGACACCUGCCUCUGUCUGCACCUACAGAUGUCCUCUUGCCAGGUUCCACCCACAAGUUGUCAUGGACAUUUUCUCCAAAGAAGCAGGGCAAGGAGGGAAGACAGGAGCCCCUUCAUUUCACACAGUCAGGGACCUUCAGAGUCCACAGCAACAUCAGACUGGAGUCUGUAGUGAUCCCGAGAUGCAGUCCAGAGCUCCGUCUCACUGCCCAACUCCCACACUACACAUCCUCCAGCCCAUGUACCCCUUAUCCACUCUACAGCCCGUGUCCUGUCCAGCUCAGGGCCAUUCUCCUGGGGUUAGAGGGCCGGACUCACAGGCUGUGUCGCUGUAGCUCCAGGACCAUGCCAGUCCUGACAGAUCAGGAGUAUGAUGCCUUCAUCUGGGGCCAGCCCCCCCACAGUGAACAGAUCCUGGUGGUGUGUGUGACACCCCCGCACCAGACCCCCCUCGCCCCUCACAUCCCCUUACUGCCCAAUGAGGACAUGCUGGAGCUGCUCUACGAGAAGAUGAAUAAGAACAGGACCAUGCCAUGUACUCAGAGUCAGCUGGACUCGUUCCGCCUGGUGAGGUAUGAGCUGUCUACAGGGAAGACCUGCCCAACUACCCACAAUGCACUGCUGCAGCAGAGACACAAUGUCGCCCCUGGGAUGUUUCUGAUGUACAUCAGAGGGAAGCUGCUGUUCGCUGACUACAUCUUCAAUGGCUACAGCUGCUCAGCGAGAGACCUCCACAAGCAGAUCUCUAAAACUAGAGGGGACUACAGACAGGGCCAGAGCCUGCCCUCAGACUACAAGUUCAGUGCCCAGGUGAAGAGUCCAGCAGUUUUGGACCCUCCUGGCCAUCAGGGGACUCAGAAAGUCUCUGAUGGACGAGGAGAUAUCUCUCAUGGAACACCUGCCCAGUUAGAGAAGGGAAAAGUCCCAAACUAGUGAGCGGAAAUUGACUUAGGGACCUGUGACAUCAUCGGUCACGUUAAAGAGAGACACCACUCUGCUAAAAGCCAAAAAGACUUCUGCUGCAGCCUCACUGCCCGUACUCACACACUGAACAAAGGUCAGCUCAUAUCAGAGCUGCAAUGUAAGGCCCUUUCUGGUGUCACAAGUCAUCAGGACACACUGGAGAAAAACCUCACCAGAGCUGGGCUAGCUGGCUGGAGACAGACAGUCUGCUGGGAGAGAGGGACUAAGUCUAAUAUUAGGUGCACUACACUGUAAAUGUAGUGUGAGAUCUGUAUUACAUCUAUAACUGUCUUGCACACGUCUUGUUUUGACUGACUAGAAUUCAACGAAGCAACGCUACACAUACUGUAAAUCACAGCACUUUAUAGAACUCAGUUGCAUCAUGGAAGAAGUUCCUUAUUUUUCUACGGACUACAAAUAAAGACUGUUGUCAAUAUGUGGA